UGCCCAGAGAGAAGCCAGCCAUGCCCUUGUCCCCAUAUCCGGCUCACAACCCCUGCCUGACUCAGCUAUUCUGCUACCGAAAGCAGAGCAGAUUCCUCCCUGGAAGACAAGAUCUAGAGAGCAACUUGGCUUUUCUGCUGUAUGAAACAGAGCCAAUACCACACUGCAAGACAGGAGCUCUCGCCUAGAGUGACUCUGCAUUUCUGCUCUAUAACGCACAGCAGACCCCUCGCUGGGAGGUGGGAUCUCUCUCGACUCUCGCAGACCCUGGGAGAUCCUGGGAUUCGGUAGCAAUGGCCACUGGCGACAAAUACACGGUUAUACGCACCAAACGCAAAGAGCUGAUAGGAAUCAUUCAAAGAGACCCCGAGAGCGUCUUGGAUGAGUUACUAGCCCAGUCCGUCAUCACAGAGGAGGAGUACGACAGCAUGAACCAGCUACAAGACAAAGUGGCCAGAAUUAGGAAAUUGCUGAUUUACAUACAGAAAAGGGGGGAGUCGUCCUGCCGAGACUUUCUGGAGUGUUUAGAAAUCUUAUUCCCAGGCACAAAUCGGCUUUUGCAACCUUCAGAAUAUGAUUUUUUCAAUCCGGAGCGAGAUUCACGCGCUGUGCGAGACCCAGAAUCAAGGGAGAGAGAUUUUUUCAAUCCAGAGCACCAUACAGAGCUGAAGGAAGAAGAUGGUUUCAAUCCAGAGCAGGAAUCGGAGACUCAGCGAGACCCAGAGCCAGAGGAGAAAGAUGGUUUCAAUCCAGAGCCCGAUCCACAGCUGGAGGAGGACGACGGUUCAAAUCCAGAGAAGGAAUCAGACAUUGAGCCAGACCCGGAGACGGGUGGUUCAGAUUUGGAGCAGGAAUCAGAGACUCGGCGAGAUCAAGAACCCGAGGAGGAAGAUGGUUCACAUCCAGAACCCGACCAAGAGCCUGAGGAGGAAGGUGGCUCAAAUCCAGAGCAAGAAUUAGAGACGGAACCAGACCCUGAGCCAGAAGGUUCAAAUUCAGAGCAGGAAUCGGAUACUCAGUGAGACCUAGACCCUGGUGGGAAAAAAAAAAAAUCUCUCAAAAGGUACGUCCUCAUAGGUGAUUCGUUCUAUAUCCAUAGAGUCCACUUAUGACUGCCAUGGGCUGCCCUUAGAGUUUCAACCGCUUAAAACCAUUAAUUCGCUCCAAGAGGCCACCGAUGGAGAAAAGCAAUUCCCUCGCUGUUGCCAGGACUGCGUUGUGAACUAGAAGGGAGAUCCCUGUGUAGCGCUGUGCAUGAUCAUCACAGCACCGCGAUUUCUUCAUCCAUCGGGACAUGGAGUCUGGGAAUGUCCCUCAGGAAACCGCAGAUGGGCUGGUCGAGAUUUCCUGGUAUUUCCCUGCUGGGAGGGAGAAUUCAAAUGCACCCGUGUGAACUAUCCCAUCCAGCACAAAUGGUCAGGGUGCUGGCAGGAGAAGUGGGAGACCACAACCAUUUCUCUAGCUGUGGCUCUUGCAGCUGGCAUCCAAGCCUUCGUCACUUCACUGUUAGGGUCGGACUCAGCAGCUGGCGCAGAAUUCGGCAGCUAAGCAGGGUGUCAUUUCACAAGCCAAAGCUGUGACCCAUAAUGGCUGCCAAUUGGCUCCCAGAUUGACUUCAAGAUCUUGGUUAAACUGCCAGGUGGCGUAAGACCUACCUAUUAAUAGCUGCUUCUCUCCCUGUGAUAUCUGCUGUCAUGUCCACCCUCUGCCUAGGUCUCUUCUCACCCAGAGCUGGGAAGCUCAGAUGUAUUCUGCAGUGGUUCCCUCCCUUGUCCAACGGUGGUGAAUCUUUCCUCUCCAGGGCCUCGUUCUUAUCUCUUCUUCUUGCUGCUUUCUUAUAUUUUACAUCACUCCCUAGAUGCAGCCCCCCUUGCACUUUCUUCACUGAAUGCCAAUGGCCCAAAUACUCAUUUUAUUAGCCCCAUCUGGCCAAUUUCCCUAUCUCCCGCUUCACCUCAUUAUUCUCAGCCUGUAAUAAAUAUAGUGAAUAACUCCCACCAGUUAGAUUAUUUGCACUCACUGCUCCUAUGGAGGAGGACAAGGACAAGCUCCAUACGAGGAGAGACUAAACAGAUUACAGCUGUUCAGUUUACAAAACAGAUGACUAAAGGGGGCUAUGAUGGAGGUCUAUAAAAUAAGGAACGGAGUUAGAAAAGAGAACAGAGAAGUGUUAUUUACCCUUUCCCACAACAUAAGAACCAGGGGUCACCCAAGGAAAUUAACAGGUAGCAGGUUUAAUACAAACAAGAGCAAGUACUUUUCCCACGCAACACACAAUUAACCUGUGGAACUCAUUGCCACAGGAUGUUGUGAUGGCCAAAAAUGUAACUUGAGUUAAUUUAAAAAAACAACUGGAUAAGUUCAUGGAGGACAGGUCCAUCAAUGGCUAUUAGCCAAGUUGGGCAGGGACACAAUCCCAUGCUUGGAGCCACCUUAAACUUGUGACUGCAAGAAGCCAGGAGUGGAAGACAGAGGUGGAUCACUCCAUAGUUGCCUUGUUCUGUUCUCUCCAUGAAGCUCUGUUACUGGCCACCAUCAGAGACAGGAUACUGGGCUAGAUGGACCUUUGGUCUGACCCACUAAGACAGCUCUUAUGUUUCUUAUGUAACCUCCCUCCUCUGAUAGGUGCAAACCGUCUUCUGAUCUCCUGCCUCAGUUUAUUCCUGGCCAGUUUAUCCUCAUUUGUUCUUGGGCUGACAUUGUCUUUUAGCUUCAGUAGCUCUUCUCCCUCCCUGGUGUUUAACCCCGCCCAAGUAUGGGGUUUCCAGGGCAGUAUGUUGGAGAAGACAAUUUCAACACAUUUCUCCAUUGAGAAAAGAGUUGGGGUGGAAAGCCAAAAAGGCUGAAUGAAUCUAACUGUGAAACAAUGGCACAGCCAUUAGAGGGGCAUUAUCUUAGGGCUUGUGUACAUGGGGAAAAUAAUUCAGAUUAAGGUAGGGUGUGAAUUUAAAAGCAGAAUAGCUAUUCCUUAUUAACUCCAUGUGUGGACACACUUAUUCUGGAAUAAGGUACCCUUGUUCCAGAAUAAGCGUACUCCCACCUGGAGUGAAUCCGGAAUAGUUAAUCCGGAAUAACUCCAUGUGUAGACAAGCCGUAAAUCCACACAGGGAGCGACUGAGGAAUAGCUAUUGCGGUUAACGUUCCCAUAUAGACAAGCACUGAGAUGCUUUCCUUAUCUGGAGUUAACUGGGAGCAGGCUUCUGGGCUUGCUAAAACCAUGUAAAUGGGUCUGCUCCUGUAAUGAAAAGUGAAGCUUACCUAACUUAGCUUGUAGUGAAGCAGAAGGUGGUUUGCCAGGAGCCAAUUUUUAUUGGUAAAUGUCAAUAAACGUUGAUUUCACCGUACACACAAACCAAUGCAAAAAUAUUUCCAUCAAUAAUCAUCGAAAUGUACAGAUAGCCAAACUAAGAACAAUGCUGCCUGAGAAUGUGUUAGCCUUUGAUUUAAGGCUAUUAAUUGUGUGCACUUUGACUUAUGCAGUGUUGUUGUAGCCAUAUGGGUCCCAGGAUAUUAGAGAGACAAGGUGGGUGAGGUAAUAGCUUUUAUUGGACCAACUUCCGUUGGGAGACGGAAAGAAGCUUUUGAGCUACACAGAGUUCUUCUUCAGGUCUGGGAAAGGUAUUCAGAGUGUCACAGCUAAAUAUAAGAUGGAACAGAUAAUUUAGCAUAACCAGUUAGCACAUAUUCUAAGGGGCCAUUCAAGGUGAAGUGGCCCGUUAAUACCCAAUGAUAAACCUGAGAUACAUCAAUGAUAUUUUCAUCUUCUGAACAGACAACUUCAACUCCCUCACAGAUUUCCACCACAAUUUCAACCACCACCACCCGUCCAUUAAACUCUCAACUUCCUGGAUGCCAUAAUCAGUUUCAACAAUGGAACCCAACGGACAACCAUACAUAAGAAACUCACGGAUCACCACACCUGCCUUCAUAGAUCUAGUAACCACCCCAAACGCACCAAGACAUCUGUUAUCUAUAGCCAGGCACUCAGAUGCUCUGAGGAGAAAGUCCGAUAUAUACACCUUAACACACUCAAAACUGCCUUCACCAAACAAGGACGCUCUGCCAAAGAAGUAUAUUGCAUCAUGGAACGGGUCACCCAAAUACCCUAUAUGGGUUCCAGCGUGGGUGGUAGGUGACAACUAGAGGCAUGCGGUUGGAGAGGGUUUUAUUUCUGUAUUGAAGCAGGUUCUCUCAGGGUAUCAUCAAACAACUUCAACCCAUUCUCAAUGGGGACCCCAUCCUGAAAGAAAUCUUUCCUGAACCCCCUCUUCUGGCCCUCAAACAACCUCUCCAAGCUCAUCAUCAGAAGCAAGCUCCGCGCAGACGAGGACACACCAACUCAAAGCAGCGCCAGACCCUGCCAGAACAAGAGAUGCAAAACCUGCAGACAUCUCUCCACUGCUACAAUGAUCAACACCCUCCACAAGACACCUUUCAAGAUCCAGGGGUCCUACACAUGCCUAUCACAACAUGUGGGGUACCUCAUCCAAUGCACUAAAUACCUCAAUAGCAACUAGUUGGGUGAAACCAGACCAUCACUACGCUCUCAGAUGAACUCACACGGGAAAAUGAUAAAACACAAAAACACCCUGUCACCUCUGGGUGAACACUUUUCACAAAGCAAUCACUCUCUAUCUGAUCUAUCAGUCCCCAUCCUCAAAGGAAACCUGCACAACAGUUUGAAAAAGAUGAGCCUGGGAGCUUAAAUUCCUAAUUUUGCUCGGCACAAAAUCAUGGACUGAACCAAGACACUGGAUUUAUGGCUUAUUACAACAAUCUGUAACCCGCUCACCCUGUUUUUCUGUCCAUUGACUAAAGCAGGGGUCAGCACCUUUCAGAAGUCGUGUGCCGAGUCUUCAUUUAUUCACUCUAAUUUAAGGUUUUGCGUGCCAGUCAUACAUUUUAACGUUUUUAGAAGGUCUCUUUCAAUAAGUCUAUAAUAUAGACCUAAACUAUUGUUGUAUGUAAAGUAAAUAAGGUUUUUAAAAUGUUUAAGAAGCUUCAUUUAAAAUUAAAUUAAAAUGCAGAACCCCCCGGACUGGUGACCGGGACCCGGGCAGUGUGAGUGCCACUGAAAAUCAGCUUGCGUGCCGCCUUCGGCACCCGUGCCAUAGGUUGCCUCCCCCUGGACUAAAGGAUUGUUAAUGAGCUGUUCCACCUUGAACGGUCCCUGAGGUGUUUACACUGUACUGUUUGAUCUUCUAUUUAGUGGUGACUCUGAGUACCUUUCCCAGACCUGAAGAAGAGCUCUUUGUAGCCCCACAGCUUGGCUCCCUCACCAACAGAAAUUGGUCCAAUAAAAAAAAUAUUACCUCAUCCGCCUUGUCUCGCUAACGUACUUGGACUUGGGAUGUUGGCAAUUUGUGCUUGAACGGUUGUAAAGCUUGAACUUUUUGAAUCUCAACUUCUACGGUGAUUAAAUUAUUGCCUGCCCACCCAUCAUUUUGCACAACUGUGAACAUGUUCAUUGAUUCAAAUGUUUAAAAAUGCUUAAAAAUAAACAUCGGGAUUGUCCGUUGAAAUUAUAAAAAAAAUCAUCCAAGUCUCAUCAUAAGACUGGAUGAAGCCAGACACACCUGUUGGUUGGUUGGUUAUUUUGAAACCAUUUUUUCCUCAAAUGUUUUGUUCCAUUGGCUAAUAAACCUAUUUGUUUCCAGAA